AUUUCCGUGGUAAAGCGAAAUGUCAGAUAGCCGAUUUUUUUAAGUUUUAAGUGGCAGACGGUGUUUUGUUCAUCUGAUCAGCUUUUAGUUUCUGUUUAAUUUAUUAAAAAACUAAAAAUGUGCAUUAGAAGAUUAUUAGAGAAGUGCUUUUGCUAAUCUUUUUGUUUGUGUUUUCUCGCCUAAUCGGAAAUGCUAAAAUUUUUUCCGGAAUUUUAGUUUGUGCAACCUAUUUAUGUAUGUAUGUGCCGCCGACAUAAAUGUCCAACAGAAGUGAAUCGCAUAAACUUUGAUAAAUUUACGUGAAUUAGUGAAAAAUCCUUGAAGCAAAACAUUCAAUAGCAUUCUGAUGAUGAAAAUUACUGCAAGUAAUUUUGCCAUGUGAAUACGACUUUUUUUGUUCAUUUAAUUUUGAUGCAAGAAGUGAAUCCUUUGGGAACCUCCCGUGCAUGUGAUAAAAGAUUUCUUCUUAAUCUGAAGCUUGUAUUUUUGCAAUCUUUGCCCUUUGCUGCUGCUCGCAUUGACUAAAAUAAAUCUUGCGGGCUGUUGUACGCAGUAUGUACAUACAAAUUAGUGCACAUUACGGGGGGGAAGGUAAAAUUUCGUAUAUUUGUCACUGCCUCCGAAAGGGAAGUACAUAUAAUAACUUAAAGGAAUAAUCUAAUUAAUACUCCGCUCAAAUAUCUCAUCCUUCAUGAUUUUUUAAACAAAAUCUAUAAUUACACCGAGAUAACAUAAUCCAUCACAUAAAUCCAUCCAAUUAGUGGUCAACAACGUCCAUCACAAUUAGCAUUGAUUAAUGUAAGAGGAGGUCCAUUAAAAACUGCGAAAGUUAUAUGUAUGUUCAUACAUACAUACAUAAAGUACAAUCAAAUCGAAUAUAUCCCCUGUCAAUGAAAUUAUAAAUCAGCCAAGUAGCCAAGCAACUUAGCGGCGAUCCAACACCACUUUUGCCGAAAAAUACUUGCAUACAUAAUACAUAUAAUAGGAAAUAUCUAAGCCGUAAGCAAUAGAUUUAUUUUUAAGAGAAUCUUCAUAAAUUGCUCUUACAUUGCCAUGGACAAAUGCGAUGCUUGAACGUUUUCGUUUGGGUAAUUUAAGUGCAAAUUGUCGUUUACGAAGUGAAGAACUGGCGCGCGAUAAGAAACAACAACGCCAACAAUGUGUCACUGUCCUGCUUUUAGAUGACACAACGCACACCUUUCGGAUAGAGAAACGUGCUAAAGGAUCUGAAUUACUCGAUCAGGUUUUUCAUUUCUUAGAGCUAUCCGAAAGGGACUACUUUGGAUUGCUAUUUCCACAAAAGCCCGGUGAUGUUGUUCGAUGGGUAGAUGCGCAUAAGCAAUUUAAAAAACAAUGCAGUAGCCUCGCUCUUGAAAAUGACACCAUUCAAACGCUAGAAUUUAGAGUUAAGUUUUAUGUAAGUGAUCCCAGUCGUUUGCAAGAGGAAUAUACCAGAUAUCAGUUCUAUUUGCAAAUAAAACGCAAUAUUCUGCUGGGAAGACUGCCAUGCUCUGUCAACACGCAAUGUUUACUUGCCAGCUAUACUGUGCAAUCCGAAUUGGGCGAUUUCAACCCAGCGGAACAUCAGCCAGGAUACUUGGGCGACAUGCAAUUGCUGGUCGAACAAACACCAGAUGCCGAGCGAAAGAUAUCGGAAUUACAUAAAUUGCAUCGCGGACAAUUACCAGCUGAUGCAGAGUAUAAUUAUUUAGAACAUGCGAAACGACUUGAUUUAUACGGCAUUGAUUUACACAAAGCUACGUUGGGCUCCUCUGUCUUACAGGAUUCUAAUGGCAAAGACUUGCAGCUAGGCGUAUCAGCGAUCGGGUUAUUAGUUUUUCAAAACGGAUUGCGUAUAAAUACAUUUUCCUGGUCGAAAAUGGUGAAAGUUUCAUUCAAACGCAAAGAUUUUUUCAUACAGCUGCGCAGAGAACCGUCGGAAAGCUAUGACACGUUGCUGGGCUUCGGCAUGAUCUCACACAAGCACGCUAAAGCAUUGUGGAAAUCUUGUGUGGAACACCAUUCUUUCUUCCGUCUGAAACGACCACAUCGGCUUCCACGUUUCUUAAACAUCAGUCUAGGCUCGAAAUUCUACUAUUCCGGACGCACAGAGCUGCAGGCUGUGCAAGAGUCCAAGCAGCGCGGCACCGUGCACAAGGCAUUUGUGCGUUCGCCGAGCAAACGUCUUAUAGCCGCGGGCUCUACCGUUGCCCCGUCCCCGAUGGUGAACGGCACCAGCGGCUCGGAUAGCAACGGUAGCGUCUCGCAUAAUGGCAAAGUCACCUCGUCCGCAUUGGUAACACAUACGUCCAUUUUGACUAUUACGAAAACGAGCCGUCCACAUGACAAUAAAGUGACCUCGAAGCAGACUGAAACAAUACCGCGAAAGGCCUGGGAACAGCAGAGCGACGAAUACGAUAUACAACUUGACACUGGAAUAAUAGCUAGACGAUUUGAUUCACCAAUACCGCCAACCUACAGUUCGGGCGCACACAGUCCGAUAAUGAACUCUAUUAAUGCUGCAUCGCGCCUUGGGCCGCCAAUCACUACGCUUAUAAAUGGCAACACGUCGACUGAGUUGGAAAGUGGUAGCGAUUUGGUAACUAUACGUCUACAAUCCGACGAGCAGGGCCGUUUUGGCUUUAACGUUAAGGGUGGCGUAGAUCUUGGACUGCCUGUGCAGGUAUCGAAAGUAGUGCCGAACACGCCAGCAGAUCGUUGCACACCACGUGUGUGUGAAGGUGAUGAGGUUGUCAUGAUUAAUGGGCACGAUGUUGUAGGACUGCAACAUGAUCAGGUCGUGACAAUGAUACGAGAAAGUCGCAAUCAACAGAGCGGUGAACUGUUGCUCACUGUACGCCCAAAGGCGAUGCGCGCUAUACUAUCGGAGGAGGAGCCACUAUAUCAGUACGUGCCGGAGAACGAUGAAAUUGGAUCUCACUCAAAUCUAUUGGAUGGCGAUGCAUUAUUCACGCAGAGCUUACUGCUUUUGAGCGACGGUCUAGCAUCUGGUGCGCUAUUGGCACAGUACGAGCUGAUGUAUCGAAAGAAUCCCGAAUUGGCGAUAACAGAGGCGCGGAAACCGGAAAAUAUUGCUAAGAAUCGGUAUCGGGACAUAUCACCAUAUGAUUGCACGCGCGUUUCACUGGUCACUUCUGCCACCGGCGAUUAUAUCAAUGCCAAUUAUGUAAAUAUGGAAAUACCGAGCGGUGUGGUAAAUCGUUAUAUCGCUACGCAAGGUCCUCUAGCAAAUACCACAACAGACUUUUGGCGUAUGGUGCAGCAAGAAAGUAGCCAUUUGAUAGUCAUGCUUACCACGGUUAUGGAGGCGGGUCGCCAGAAAUGCCAUCAGUAUUGGCCAGUUACUGGCGAUGAGUUGCACUUGGGUGAUGGUUUUUCGGUCAAAUGCCUUAGCGAACAGCCGGAUGAGACGGGUAGUUUUGUCUUUCGUGAAUUUGUUUUGUGUGAUAAGCGCACUGGCGAACAACGUCACAUUCAGCACAUGCAAUAUUUAGCUUGGCCCGAUCAUUGCGUGCCCUCGGAUCCGAAUCUCUUUAUCGAAUUCACAGAGCGUGUGCGUGUGGCACGUAAUAAAACUUUGCUGCAGGAAAUCGAAGAAAGUCUGAAACAAGUGCGGCUACUGGACGCCGAUGCCGAUGAAAAUGGUGGACUGAUGAGUGAACGGAAAUGUGCUGCCAGCAAUGGAGUGACGCCGGAAGAUGAGAACCCGGUUUCGACUAGUGUGCAUCAGUGUAUUAGUGCGGCAAAUCCCCCUGUGAUAGUGCAUUGUUCCGCCGGUAUUGGACGUACAGGUGUUCUCAUACUAAUGGAUACAGCAUUGGCGCUAAUGGAAAUCAGAGAGCCCGUUUAUCCGUUGGACAUAGUGCGCACAAUGCGCGAUCAGCGUGCCUGUAUGGUGCAAAAUGUGAGCCAAUAUCGAUUUGUGUGUGAGUGCAUUUGUGCUGCGUAUAUGAAGUUGUCACGCUCCAGUGCUGCUCUGGAUGAUGUUGGAGACAAUUAACAAUAAUUAUUAAUAUAUCAUACACAUCUACAGCCAUGUUAAACGCGUAUUGUUAAUUUUUGUUGCUAACAAGCCAACAAAAACAUAUAUUACUAAUCUUUACAUAUACAUACACUUUGUCCAGCCAUUAAAUGCAGUAUAUAGUUGACAUGGUUAAAUCGUUUUAUAUACAUACAUAUGCAGGUGAGAACAGGCCAAAAUGUUUUCUGUGACCGCCAUGAACCUUUGCUAUCCAACUAUGUUCUAUUGUAUAAAUACUUUGUUUAGUGCUUUUUUGUACCACUUACUCACGUAUGAGUAGUACCACUUUUCUUAAUCCACAUUACACAUAGCAUAUUUAAAUCAAUAUAUGUAUAUGUAUGCUUAUAUUUCAUAAUUGCUCAUAGAAAUUCUUUUUUGUACGCAAUGUUUCGGGCGCAUUUUAAAUGCGGAAUUUUUCAAUGUAUGUAUAUUCAAUUAAAUUACUUUCGAUUUAACCAUAUAUUGUGUUAGUGCAUUGAAUUGCGUAUAUUUUUGGUAAAUUUUACGGAACUUUUGCACUUCUAUCUUUGUUUGCCUUUUGGUGCAUUAAGACAAUUCAAAUAUGAAGGUAUUUUUUUUUUUUGUAUAAUUACCGGCCAAAAAGAUCACCAAGACAAUUGAUAGAAAAAAAUGAAUUUACACACAAGUGCUGCAACGCAAUUCUAAAUUUUUAUUGUACGAUUUGCAUGCUAUCAAUUAGAUACGUCUAACCAUAUGCGCAAUAUCAAUGUAGUAUGUAUAAAAAUGUGUGAGACAGAUAUUUUAAGACAUGAGAUGUGCAUACAAAAGUUUAGCAAGUUACACAUGCCACAGAAGUGACAUGCUUUUAUUGCGAUAUUUGAUCAUUUAAUCGUUUAGAAAUUACAUACAUUGCGUCUACGAAGCGUGGAUGACGAAUGAAAAAUUUUAGGCAUAAUUUAGCUCCAUUAAGAAAGAUUUAUCAACUUACUAGUAUUGUAGCACCAAAUAAAAUAUUUAUUGUAUCCCCGUACUCACAGCUACAUAUAACGACCCACUCAUUUCAAAAGCUGAAUGGGCCUAUUUUAAUGUAAAAGAAAAUAAAAAAACAUCCGCUUAGAUUGAAAGUAGAA